UGAUAAUUUUUUGGUUGUUUUACGAGACACCGAGGUUAUUUUUCAUUGCUGAAAAACAAUUUCAGCGGGACAAGACAGUGCUUAUAAAGGAAGUUUGAUUUAGCGAAGACUUUCCAUGUACUCCUCUGCAUAUCUGCGUGGACAGAAAUUCGCUCACACAUUGUAAUUUGUCCAAGUCCGGCUGAAAUGAUUUGUCAUAUACUUUUACCAUGCUUUCUCAUCGCGAUGCACGGGCUGGGUUCCGCAAGGGCGUUUUUCGGUAAUUUUAAUCCUUCGCCGCCGUCCUUUGCAUCGUUCGGCUCGUUCCGUUCACCGGAGUUCCGUCAGUCGCCAGUUGUACAAGACUUUUCAAGACCUUCCUCCGGUUUUAACGGCUUCGACACAGCCUCAUUUGCAAACCGGCAACGUGUCCCCCAGCCUUCUCGGCCUGUACCUGAGACACUGGAUACAGAAACAUUUACAGGCCGCCAACGUGCCCCGUUGCCUUCUCGACCAGCAUUUGAAACAGUGAAUUCCAAUUCUCAUCCAUGGGACGCCGGAAAAUUAACGCAUUUCAGUCCUGAUUCCCUUGAAGUGCACAAAAAACCGCCUUGUCAUAGUCCGUUCAGCAUCCCACCGUGCCGAACCACGGUCCUGCCCAAUCCCCCGCCGCCGCCGUUAGUUACGCCCCCGCCCACGCCUGAACCGAUUACACAACCUAUACAGCCGGUGUGCUGGCCGUACUGUAACCAUGGGGAUAACAAUUUUCAGGAACGAAGGAAGUGCCCCAUCAGCCAGUUCACAUGCGAUAAUGGGCGCUGUAUUCCCACGAGCCAGAAAUGCGACGGUGACAAUGACUGCUGGGACAAUUCGGAUGAAUUUCUGUGUUCAGGAUAACCCUAGCGUAAUCUAGUAGUAACGGAAAUAAAUAAUAACUGUUAAUCAGGAACCCAUAACAGCUCGCUCAGUGUUUGGUGCAUCGCUGCUUCAACUGUUUUUGCAAAAUCUAUAAAAACACUACGGUUAAGACAAUCAAUGAUACCCACACAAAACCUGCAGUAGAAAUGUACUGAUUUCUUGUGAGUCUUCCAAAGGGCAAAAAGCGACGGUGGCUUGGUUUUGAGUGUUACUGCAUGUACCUGCAUUGUAUUACAGUAACUUACUGGUGUAUUUCGGUUUGUAAGGGCA